ACUGAACAUGCACUUCAUGGAAGCACUUCCGAGGAGGGUCACUGUGUGUUAUUACGUAGAUAUUCGUGCAUGGCUCUCACUAAUCUCACAUUUGGUGAUAGUGGCAAUAAGGCUUUGUUGUGUUCUUUUCGACAAUUUAUGCGGGUUUUAGUUCUACAGCUUCAGAGUCCAUGCGACGAAUUAAGACAGGUGACUGCCAGUGUCUUACGAAAUUUGUCGUGGCGUGCUGAUUCAACUAGUAAAGAAAUAUUAAAGGAGGUCGGCGCAGUUACGGGUCUAAUGAAGGCGGCUAUGAUAAACAAUAAGGAAAACACUCUGAAGUCGAUUCUUUCCGCUCUUUGGAAUCUUUCGGCACAUUGUCCGGAGAGCAAGUCAGAGAUAUGCUCAAUAGAUGGAGCUUUAGGAUUUUUAGUGACUAUGCUGAGCUAUAAAUCGCCGACCAAAUCGUUAGCUAUAAUUGAAAAUGCAGGUGGUAUCUUAAGAAACGUUUCCAGUCAAAUUGCUGUGCGAGAUGAUUAUCGGGAGCUGUUACGAAAUCACGAUUGUUUAAGAGUAUUAUUAGAUCAAUUGAAAUCGCCUAGUUUAACUAUUGUAAGUAAUGCCUGCGGGACAUUAUGGAACCUAUCCGCAAAAAAUCAAACGGAUCAAGAGACCCUGUGGAAAAUGGGAGCGCCUACGAUGCUCCGCAGUUUAAAUCAUUCCAAGCACAAAAUGAUUGCUAUGGGAUCGAGUGCAGCUCUAAAAAACUUACUGGCGUCUAGACCGACUCACAAUCUGUUACCAUCCAUGGACGCAACCGCAAAAGCCAUGGAUUUACCUGUGUUACCCACUUUAGGCGCUCGUAAGCAAAAGGCUUUAUUUCAAGAGUUGGAGCAAAACCUAACAGAAACAUUUGAAAGUACAGACAAAGAAUCACCCACAAAAACUGGCCAAGAAGAGCAGUUUCUACUGGAAACCGCCAAUGCAGUACUAACCGUUAGCAACAAUGGUGACAUUAAUAAAACGUACAAACGUAAAUCCUUGCAGAACGAUUCUCACGACAGCAGUCUCAUUGAGGCCUUUAAGAAUUUAACGAUCGAUGAACCUUCGACAAGUUUCUCAAAUAGAUCUAGAGUCCUACAAGAUUACGGUAGUUCGAGUUUACCCUACAUUAAACCGCCGCUAUCUUACUCUUCUCCCCUUCACAAAUACUCGGAUUUGUCGUACAAAGAAGAACAAUAUAGUCAAAAUUCGCAGGUCCUAGAUGACGAAAAUUUCGGAAUUUACACCGAGACAGAUUUAGAUCAACCCACAGAUUAUUCCUUGCGAUACGCCGAAGAUGACUCGGAACCCGACGAUAUGUGUAAUAAGAAGGCAGAAGGGACGGAUUUCGUUCAAGAUACCGUUAAGACGUAUUGCACCGAAGAUACUCCUUACGAAACGCCCUUCAAUUAUUCCACGGCAACUUCUAUGUCAGAUUUGCGCGAGACCGGGUUAGAAACCGAGAAGUCUAUUAUAGAUAAUGAUAAAUUGGUCAAGUCGAACUUGAAUUCCAUCAAGAACGCGUCAAUGUCACAAUCCGACGAAAAGGAUCAUUGCUCUGUGGAAGAUGUCUCUGAAAUAGAUAAUGCACCGAAAGUUAUUACUAAGAAUCUUAAAUCGCAAUUUAGUUCGGGCUUAGCAUCUCCAGAAAAGCCGGUUAAUUAUGCCGACGAGGGUACUCCGGGGUAUUUCUCACGAGUGAGUAGCUUUAGUUCUUUGAAUUCCAUGCAAGUUGGGGAUAAGGUGAAGUACGAAUUGGAUAAUAAGGAGGUCGACACGAGACAGGAGGUUCAUGAUGAUACUGUUCCACAAAAGAGUGAGGUGCAUCCAGAAGGAAAAGCUGUUAAAUUCGAGCAAGUUGUGAAUUACGCCGAGGAAACUCCGCUUAUGUUUUCGCGAAGUAGCUCGUUAGCGUCAUUGGAUAGUAUCGAACAACAUUCAAUACAUGAUGAUCGAGAGUCUGUAAUAUCAGAUUUCAGUCGCCUAACGAGCGGUAUCGUAUCACCAAGUGAACUACCCGACUCUCCCACUCAAACAGUACCACCAAGCCCGAGGCAGCCACUUCCCUCGGCACCCAGAACAGUUCCCUUAACCCAUCGAACUCCGGCAGAUGGUAGUCCGCAAAUAAAACCCCAACCAAAGAUUGUAAGCGCUUUUGAAGAUAACGUUAAAAAGUUCAAGGAAGAGAGUACACCCAUACAAUUUUCGACCGCUACGAGUCUUAGUAGUUUAACGAUCGACGAUCAUGAAGACGGAAGUGAUGUUGUUGGUAAGAUUCUAACUAUAAGCAAACGUGGAGAAGUUGUAAAAAAAAGUAAGGAAGAUGAAAUACCGGCGGUUUCCGAAAGUGAAGAGGAUGAAGAUAUUUUAGCUGCCUGUAUCAGUGAUGGAAUGCAGAAUAAUAGGCAUCAUCUCAGUGGUUCUCAGCAAAAUAUACCUUCUCCGCUUUUUAAUUACUCAUCUAAGUCAAUGAUAUGUACCCAAGGCAGUGGUAUUCCGCUUCCUCAUGCCCGUUCAACCACUACCAGUACAAACGAUUCAUCAAUUCUCAAAGAUAAUCCAUCAAGUUUACACUCCAAUUCUUUCCACAACUAUUGUACAGAAGAUAUAAAUUAUACAGGGGAUAAUUCCAAUAUAAGCCUUUUAUCUACUGCGAGCGAUAUUCAAAAGAAGGACAAAGUGUACUCGUCUGACGACAGUAGCAACUUAUCCGGAGAUAAUGAGAAUAUACUGGCCGAAUGUAUUCAAUCCGCCAUGCCCAAAACACGCCGGAUGACUAAACCGAUCGCUACAACUAGACCAUUAUCCGCACUGCCCGUCAGAAACGUUCAAACCAGUACGCCGAUUAAACCGUUUACACGAAUUGAGCAUCCAAAUUCCACGAGAUUGGAGGAACUGAAACGUCCAUCACCGUCCGUAUAUUUAAGUGCGAAAGAUGAAGUGGAGAACUAUGCCGUCGAAAACAGCCCUUGUCAAUUCUCCUUGCAUUCUAGUCUUAGUGAUCUCACUGUGGAUGGAAGUGUGGCGGGCGGUUUCAGACCCAAUCAGUCAGUCCAUCAACCAACCGAAGUAAAAGACACAAAACCUACAGCAGGACCAAGUUCUUUAAAUACAGAGCAAAUAGCAGCAACAUACGUUCCCGAAUUUACUUUGUCUCGACAGGAAUCAUUCUCUUCACUGAGUGCCGAUUCCUUCGGAUCUUUGGAACAAGAACAAGCUCUUUUAGAACAAUGUAUAUCAUCGGGCAUGCCGAAAAGUAAACAUACACACGCCCCCAAAACUGUCGAUGCGCCAAGGCAGGUUAUUGUCACUAAACCUAUCGGUGUGGCUACCAAACAAUUUAACGCCAAUAAAACUCAGUCUGAUUCCAUUCGUCCAAUGACCUAUGAUGACAAAUCGAUAAGACACGGAGAGAGGAAGACGGACUUCGCGGAUCAAGAUGAAAAAUUAGUUUAUUCAAAAAACGUAAAUGUAACGUCUGCUGUCGGGAGCACGAUAGCGGAAAAAAACGUAAUGCGUCCCACCACGCCAUCUACGGCAGCAGACGUCGCACAUAUAGAAAAGUCCGAAGAAAAAGUGACACGCAAUCGCACGAUAAUCGAGAUACAAGCAGAUAUAUCUCGGGACAAAUGCUUGCCUUUCGAAGAGAACUUAUCGAUAGAACCCAUGAGGAGUGGGUGUGAAACGCUCGUUGCAGAUUCGGAUGUUAGUCCCGAAUCUCUGUGUUCAAUCACCGACAAUAUCGAGUUUGACUUUGGAAAUGUAAAUUUAGAAAUAAAAGCCGUCGAUACUCGUAUGUUAGAUCCUGACGCCAUGAUUGAAUCUUUAGAUCGAUUUACAGCCGAAUUAGUUUCACAGGCCGAAGCGGCGCAUUCAAAUAAAGAUGCACAUAAAUUUACCACUUCAAUAACAGAUGGAGAUACUUGGAAUGACGAUUCUUCGCCAAAUGAUUUGACUUUUCCAAGUAUUUCAGGAAGUGCGCCAAAUGUUAUUACAUUCCACAGCGAGUCGGAUUGUGCGAAUACAGGAGGACUUCAGGAGGACGUGAUAUUCCACUUGAAUGGUAAUGGUUUAGAUGCUGUAGACGGUGUUAAUGAUUCAGAACAAAAGUCCAGCGAUUUUUCUUCUAUUAACACGAGCACAAUGACAGAGUCCACAUUGAUAGCAGUUGAGGCAACAAAGAUGGCAAACGCGUUUAAAAAUGAAGCGGAAUUGUCGCAGAGUAUUACAAGCGUGCAAUCUCUCGAAUUAGACUGCAUUCAACCACCCUCGCACAUGAAUUCAUUAACGAGCAGUAUGAAUGGAUUAGACCACCACCUGACGAAGGGCAGUCCAAAAUUGGUUAACAGGAAGAAACUGUUACAUAACGGCUUGAUAGCGCGAAGAGCCUUAACUAAUUCGUUUAAUCAAAAUUCCAGUUUGGAAAGCUUAGAUAAUCAGAGUCUGUCGAACUUGGAUCACAUGCAUCCCCCAUCUACCAUGGGAGAAGUGCUGGAUAUACUCGAUUUAGAAAGCAGCAUGACAAGUGUUGCUAGCUUAACAAGUGAAGCGGUCGAUGUUAAACUGGAGCAACCAAAUCCGAUAUUUAACGUGAAACAACCUGCGAACAUGCUGCAUUUGUUUUCUAAUACUUCACUUACCGAUCUAGAAAAUGUCAACCCUCCUUCCCUUCUCAAUGAAAUCACCGACAUGUGUAAUUCUUUAGCGGACGUUGCCACCGAAAAUAUUUGUAGCGAAACUGAACCAUUCGAAGACUGCAACACUCACAUGAACGACACAGAUGAUGUGACGUUAUUCUCAGACGCUCAAAGCGUUACUCCCAUUCAAUCAGAUUUAGGAUCAAGUGCAGAAACUUCGCCUAAAAAGACUCGAACGCUUACCAAAAGAAUGACGCCUAAGCAAAAACGCAAGCUGGUACAGGAACGCUACCGAACCUACACAGUGGCGGCGGAAAUGGUGAUUAGCGCCGAACUUGGUUCAUUAUCCGACAACUGUAACUCCGAAUACCAGACAGUACCCGAAUUUUCACAGACUGAGAGCCACAAGAAACUGUCGCCAAAAGAAAAACGAUUAAAUGAUAGGGCGCGUUACCAAACUCAAGUACUUUCAGAUGCCGUAACUGCAGAACUACAAAAAAUGUGUGAUAAAUCUGAUGUGCCAUUAACUCCCGUAGAUAGUCCACAGGCCAGUCCAGGGCGAAGCAAAUUGAGUAUCAGGCGAAAUUUUAUUCAAAAGCGUUUAGAGAAUCAAGAUCGUUUUAAAACGCGUACGCUUAGCGAAUCGAGUUUAUCGCCCGACAUUUCCAGUGCCUCACCUCCUACGAAUGAUCUACAAUCUUUGGUACAAAAAGAAGCUGGGAGGGUUUUACGAAAGUUACACGAGGCCCACCUACAUUCGGAUAACUUGCUAGACUGCGAAACGCUCAGUUUAAUUUCGAAUGAUGAAGAUUCAGAUUUUAAUUCUGGAAGUCCUAUAAAUUAUAGAACUUAUACCAAGAAUUGUACGACACAAAACACUGUUGCAGUUAACAAUGUUUCAGUCGAAAGCUCUCCCACUGUGCAACUGCAGGUGGUCGAAGCGGAAAUCGCUUCAGGAGACGAUGAGUCAAAAGUCAAACCGAAAAUUAUAAAGCCCGACGAAAAGGUCGUAACUGAGGAUGCGAAUGAGGAAGUUAAGGGAAUUCGUGGUAGAAGAAAAGCGCUUUAUUCAAAAACAAAUGUUGCAAAUACACGAAUUUCUACUAGAAAUACAAAUAUCAGGCCAAUUCGUACUAUAACAUCUAAUUUGGUCAAAAAUGUAACGUCGGUUAUUAAGUUGGGAACUAAUUUAAAAGGUGUAGCUUCGAAGCAAGAAACGGGGGGAAUUCCUAAGGCGCCAACAACGCAAGCGAAGUCAUUGAAGCCACCUUCUGGUUACCACACGAGCAAAGUGGGUGGUGGUUUAGGGAGAGCUGUGAAUGGUCCGCAGGCUGGUUUGGGUACAGCACCAAAACAUAAGAGUGAAACUAAAAAAUUGACUCCUCCACCACCCUUAGAGAGACAAGGAACCUUCACAAAAGAUGAAGAAAUUAUACAACCAACCAAAAGUCGUAUUCCCACUCCCGCUUCGAAUCUUCCAAAGCCGAAACCGGCAUCGAGAAUUGCUAGAGCUAUCUCGCAGACAAACUCCACUGUAGGGAAAACAGUUUCGAGGGUGCAAAAUGCUCUAACAUCGAGACCAGUUAAAUCGACCGCUAUCAAAUCAGUAAGCUCAGAUAGAGCGACUAAUUCCCGGCCUACAUUAACUGGAAAUUCAACUAGAUCGUCUAGUGCAGAUAGUAGAGAUGCACACAUGAGAAGGCAAAACAUUCAAAAUUCCUCGUCGAGUCAGAGUUUAAAGAGUGAGAGUGGAAAGAAACAAAAUGGAGCAGUUAGCAGAUCCUCGCCCUCUACUGUCUCUCAAAGAUCGAGCAGCAAUUCCAGCAUCACGUCGAAUGGGUCGUCUUCCAAGAAACAAGUCACUAGUAAAAUUGCCAGCUUAUGGAAAAAAGUUGAGGAGCAAAAGAAACAAGUGCCCAAGAAAGAUACGCGUGUCUGGAUUCAACGCGAUCGUGAAGAAGUACCGCAAAUGAUCAGAAGUAAUACGUUUGAGAGUAAAGACGGUGUUUCACUUAGAAGUAUGGAAGGUCACGACAAAACUGUGCCAGAUAUGAGCGAAACGGCUGACUUAUCAUUUUAACUUUCGCUUCUUUUCUUUAUGUAGGUGUAAUGACUAUUUUACAUAUUAACAACGAAGAAAUGAAUGUGCAUAUUGUUUACUUUUUUAAGAGAGUUGCUAGUUUAUUUAUUUUAUAUCGUUACAAAAAACCUCAUUUAUGAUCUUAUAUUAAUCUAGUCGAAUUAAUUUAACAUACGCAUCAAGUUAUAAAGAUUUCGUUUGCAGCACGUCUUAGCAAAAUGUAAAUAUAGAAACCACAUAGGUAUUAAUAUGUAGCUUUCCUUAGUAUUAGUUUUCUAUUGAUGAAUGUAAAGUAAAAAAAAUGUUUAUUCUGGAUACAGUAAGUUAGUAUUGCGGUUUAAAAUUCAAUAAACUAAUUACCAUUGUCAA